GGCGCGGCCGCUCCACCGGCUGGCUCUCUAGAGACCAACCCUGCGAAGCUGCACACAGCUUGUUUGCUGGAAAACAGUGAAUUGGGUCCGUCGGCCUCACCUUAGGGGUACCUGUGCGUCGGAGAAGGGAGGCCGCGCUGCAGCCUGAGGGCGGUUUUCCACGCGAAGUCGCGGAGCUGGAGACGCGCGGAGGCGUCGGGUUUCGCGCGGCGCCGCUCUAGCCGCGCGCGAGGACGCUGUGAGCCCCCCCUCCCCGCCCCCGCUGAAGCCUGUGGUUUCCCCCGCCGCUCCAGGUCGGUUUUUCCCGGCGACUCCAGUGUGACUUCCAAACUCCCGGGCUCUGGGCACACCUCGGAAUUUGCCCCCGCCUCCCGCCUGCUCCCCUCGGGCCCCAGGAAGUCGCGAGCGCCCCAGGGGUCGCCCGAGGAGUGGGCUCGGGACCGCGGGCAGCGCAGCUUGCAGGGGGGACGCCGCCGGCAGCGAUGAAGCCAUCUUGGCUGCAGUGUCGGAAAGUCACCGGCGCCGGGGGACUCGGGGGGUCCCUGCCCGCGUCCUCUCCCGCCCGGGGAGCCGGCCCGGCCCGCAGGGCGUACGUGGCCCCCGGCCCACGGGGCGCUCUCGGGGGCCGGGGCUGCCGGCCGCUGUCCUCGGGCGGCUGCGAGUACAAGACCCACUUCACGGCCUCGGUGGCCGACCCCGAGAGGUUCUGGGGCAAAGCCGCGGAGCAGAUCAGCUGGUACAAGCCCUGGACCAAAACGCUGGAGAACAGACAUUCGCCUUCCACCAGUUGGUUUGUGGAAGGGAUGCUUAACAUCUGUUACAAUGCCAUCGAUCGUCAUAUUGAAAAUGGUAAAGGAGAUAAGAUUGCUAUCAUUUAUGACAGUCCUGUUACAAAUACUAAAGCCACUAUUACCUAUAAAGAAGUCCUGGAGCAGGUCUCUAAGCUGGCUGGUGUUUUGGUCAAGCAUGAUGUCAAGAAGGGUGACACCGUGGUUAUCUACAUGCCCAUGAUCCCCCAGGCGAUGUACACCAUGCUGGCGUGUGCUAGGAUAGGAGCCAUCCAUAGUCUCAUAUUUGGGGGAUUUGCAUCCAGAGAACUAAGCAGUCGCAUUGAUCAUGCAAAGCCCAAGGUCGUUGUUACAGCAUCAUUUGGCAUUGAACCUGGAAGGAAGGUAGAAUACAUACCACUUCUAGAAGAAGCUCUGAGAAUAGGACAACACAAGCCAGAUAAAGUUCUCAUUUAUAAUCGUCCAAAUAUGGAGCCGGUUCCUUUGGCUCCAGGUCGUGACCUUGAUUGGGAUGAAGAGAUGGCAAAAGCACAGUCACAUGAUUGUGUUCCUGUUCUUUCCGAACAUCCACUGUAUAUUCUUUACACAUCUGGAACAACGGGGUUUCCAAAGGGUGUAGUGAGGCCCACUGGAGGAUACGCUGUAAUGCUUAACUGGUCAAUGUCUUCUAUAUAUGGACUUCAACCUGGAGAGGUGUGGUGGGCAGCUUCUGACUUAGGCUGGGUUGUCGGACAUUCCUAUAUCUGUUAUGGACCUCUUCUACACGGAAACACAACAGUUUUAUAUGAGGGGAAGCCUGUGGGAACACCAGAUGCUGGCGCUUAUUUCCGUGUGCUCGCGGAGCAUGGAGUAGCUGCCUUGUUUACAGCGCCAACUGCCAUUAGAGCAAUCCGUCAACAGGACCCUGGGGCAGCCUUGGGGAAGCAGUACUCUCUGACAAGGUUCAAAACAUUAUUUGUGGCUGGAGAACGAUGUGACGUGGAGACCCUGGAAUGGUCCAAAAAGGUCUUCAGAGUACCUGUCCUAGACCAUUGGUGGCAAACUGAGACCGGUUCCCCAAUUACAGCAUCAUGCAUUGGAUUAGGUAAUUCUAAAACACCUCCUCCGGGGCAAGCAGGAAAAAGUGUUCCAGGAUACAAUGUUAUGAUUUUGGAUGACAACAUGCAAAAACUGAAGGCUCGGUGUUUAGGAAACAUUGUGGUAAAGUUGCCAUUACCACCUGGAGCUUUUUCAGGACUCUGGAAGAAUCAGGAGGCAUUCAAGCAUUUAUACUUUGAAAAAUUUCCUGGAUACUAUGACACCAUGGAUGCUGGUUACAUGGAUGAAGAAGGUUACAUAUAUGUUAUGUCUCGAGUUGAUGACGUGAUAAAUGUUGCAGGUCACAGGAUUUCUGCAGGUGCCAUUGAAGAGUCUGUCCUUUCCCAUGGCACUGUGGCCGACUGCGCUGUUGUUGGCAAGGAAGACCCUUUGAAGGGUCAUGUCCCAUUAGCACUCUGCGUGCUGAAAAAAGAUAUAAAUAUAACAGAGGAACAAGUCUUAGAAGAAAUUGUGAAACAUGUUAGACAGAGCAUUGGCCCCGUGGCUGCUUUUCGAAAAGCGGUGUUUGUGAAACAGUUACCCAAAACCAGAUCUGGCAAAAUUCCCCGCUCAGCUCUGUAUGCCCUUGUCAAUGGCAAGCCAUAUAAGGUAUCUCCUACAAUUGAAGACCCCAGCAUUUUUGGGCACAUAGAAGAAAUGCUGAAGCAGGCAUUAUGACUUUUUUUUUUCUUUUUUGGUCACUUUUCUAAUUGGAGUUAGUUUUUGAAAUUAUUUCCCAGAAAUAAAUAUUUAAAUAGAAAUUACAUGCAAACUAAAAUGUAAAUUGUAGAGCUUGGUCUGAAAACAGUGCACGUGAAAACUAGUAAAAAGCCUUCUGUUUGAUUAGCCCAAUUAGCACUGUUACUGGUUACCUGUAACAUUGCUCAUUAUAGAUUUUCCAGAACUUUAAGAAAAAUAUAUCUGACAUAAUGAUUUAUAAAAAUUGUACCCCCCAAAAAAAACAUUUUAAUUGAAAGUGACACUAAUAUCGAGCCACUUGCUGAAAUUAGGACUCUACAGCUUUGACCCAAGACCUAAAACUCAAGUGAAGUCAGAAAACAAUUAUAAUUCUCUUAUAGAAAUUCUGAAUAUUUUCUAAUAUUCUUGAGAUGCCCACAUGCAUGGUUAUUUUAAAUGAAAUGGAUGAAAUGGGAAGUUUUAGGUAAUCAUCUAGACAUGAUUUUCUAGGUAGGAGAAUCUGUCUAGUCACAUAUUUCCUGAGGGAAGGCUGGGUACCAACCAAGUUACAGCUCUCUUCAAUCCUUUGUUACUUAGUCAAGGGAAAUCACAGGCUGGCAGAGAGCCUAGAGGUCAAUUAAUCCAAUCUCUUUGUCAUGGAGAUGAGGGCUCUUUGGAGCCCCUCCUCCUGUCUCAGGUUCUUAGUUGACUGUAUACUUCUUAAUGAUUCCAGCUUCUUUUGGAAACAAGGAAAUGUGUAGAAAUGGGGAAACUGGCAAGGAAAGCUCUUAAGGAAGAAAUGUAAACGUUUUUACAUUAGCUAAAAACCGGGAGGAGUUUUAAGAGAAACCAAAAAUCCAGAUUUUGUGUGAAAUCUCUAAUUUUUAAAUAGCUCACUAAAAAAAAAUUGUCAUAUCCAAAGCACAUCUUUCCAUUUAAACUUCUAUAAAACUAUUGAGCAUUAAAAAAAUAACUGAAAAUUAGUCUUUGUUAAUAAGCAUAUGAUAAUGUUUCAAUUAACCAGAGUAGGUAGAUAUAGAUAAUUACAUAUUUGGUUUCCUUAGGGUGCUACAUGAGAUCAGUUAUCAAAGAAUACAUUUAAACUCAAAAAAUACCAUACCCAUGUCUUUGACGGUUCUUAAAGUAUUCCUCAGUCCAUCAGGAACAUUAUUUUUAAGAGCAACUGUCUUAACAUAUAGUCUGGUAACAUAUCAUGAAAUAUAUAUGAGAGAUAAUAGACAAGAGCUUAUUGUUUGUUUCAUAAAAAUUGCUUACAACUUGUAUAAAGACAUUCUGAAAAUGUUAGGAUUUUUUGGACUGUAGCCUAUAAA